AUGCCAACAGGAUCAAGUCCCACGCAAAGGACUGCAACGACGACGACGACAGCGACGGUGCCAUCUACCUCCAGCUCCAGUUCGGCCUCCAACACUGGGUCCGGGUCUAGCUCUAGUACAUCCUCACAACCGACAAGUCUUAGUACUGAGCAUACCUCGGUAACUACUGAGACUUUUCAAAGUCCUUUGACGGUUUCAACUUCGCAGCCUUUUCUCACGGCAACGGGUAGCGCUACCAGUAGUGGCCAGUCGGCAUCCGCGAGCGCAUCUGACAGCAGGCUGGAACCUGCUGCUGUGAUUGGAGUUUCAGUUGCUUCUGGGAUAUCUGGAUUCUUCAUUAUGGGUGUUAUAAUAUUUUUCUGUUGUAGGAAGGCAAGGCGACGAAAACAGGAUGAAAAGGACCACUUUUUCGAGAUUGGAGGUGUCAUGUCCGAGCCUCCGGAUUUCACAUUUCCACCAAGACGGCCAACUGGGCCUCGUCCUAUGCCUGGUACAACAGAUAGGGAUUCCGAAACCUCCAGACUGAUAACCCCGUUUGAGCCGAGAGCUCAGACACCUGCUGUCGUUGUCACAGGCCCCGGUAAUCAUCAUAAUAAUAGUCCCAUGGGGGUGUAUAGUACCGACAGGAUUGGUUUUGCAAUGACUACUAAUUCCGAAGCUGAGGGAACAUUGAGCCAGUCGUCUCCACGAACGAUUUCAGAUCUACUUCCUGAUAAACCAACGCUGGGGCUUUACCCGGAACCAUUAAGGUUGAGUCGUCAGAAACCGCCCAGACCCCACAGCCAUGCGACUUUAUUCGAAGAGGAUAUGGCAAGACCACGGAGCGUCUUUGGUGCACCAUACCAAAAUCUAAAUCAGCCGACCUCAUCAAGCCAAACUCAAGAAAGUCGGCGGUAUAACCGGGCCCCUAUGGCUGGAUUGCCUGCGCAUCCUCGUGCGAUGCUCCAUGGUUUUGGGGAAGGCCAGGAUGGAAAGCUUGCUAUGAGAGGCCCGAAUUACCGAAGGAGGCCUACCUAUGCAGAAAGCGGAUCAAGGGUUCGGUACUCCAAUCAAGAUGACACUUAUGAAAGCCUGCUACAAAGCUCUCCGGUCUCGGACGCUGGGGAGUUUGUCGACCGGGACCGGCAACAUCGCGGUGCUGGACAUGUGAGACUUGUCGGACCGGCGUCGUCACAGGGUGUUGCAAGUGGUCCGUUCGGUGGCACGGACGCGAACAAUAGCAUGUUGUACAACCUGGAUGACAACUUUGAGGACAUCGAUAUCAACGGCUCCACUAGCAGAUUGGACCGUGAAUCCCGGCAUUCGGGAAACUUACGGCCACUCACGCCAGUGCGGGAAGUCAGAACACCAACGCGAGAAUCUCCUACACCGAACUGGGAAUUUGCCUCGAGUGACCAACCUGGUCUUCCCCGGAUGCCAUUUUUGCGGGCGGUCAGUCCCAGGCAGGAAAUUGUCUCUCGCCCGCGGAUUGUACGAGGGGACGAUAUCAAAAGAGUCCAAAUUCGGCGGAAGCCACAUGCCGGAGGGUUAACUGUACCUUACUCACCUGAAGACUACUGGCUUGGUCAUGAUCCAGGGCCUGUGUUGGAGACUCAGGCACGCAGACAGUCCACCGAUUCGAUGCGUUCCAUUGAAAGCGUGAGGGGCCACAUGCCGAAGAAGAAGCCGGUGCCGUACGAGCGAAAUGUAACCCCAUCCCGCAGCGGGUCGGAUUUGAUACUGCGCGUGGAUUGA